AGGGGAUCCAUAUCCAUAUCUGAGCCCUCACAUAUAUAUACACCCCUGGGAGGACUUCUUCACACCGCCCCUGGCCACUGUGUCCUCCACCUCGGCUGCCCGUCUUCGUCGUAGGCUGUGAAGAAAAGAAACCGCCAUCAUGUCUGACAAAAAGAUGACUUCGAGCCGCAAGCAUCAUCUGAAGAGUUUGAUGCUCUCCAUUGCGGCGAACUGGAUUGUACAGGAGAAAAAGGACAUCGCAAAAGCCAAAGAGGACUACAUGUCUGAGAACUGCCCCAGACCCAGCCUGAGCGGAGACCACGCCGGACUCAUGGAUACCUGCAGAAAGCUGCACGCUCUCAUCGACAAAGUGGAUGAGGAGAGGUACGACUUGGAGGCCAAGGUGGCCAAAGCCGAUAAAGAGAUUGAAGACCUGAAGAUCAAGGUGGUGGACCUCGCUGGCGUGAAGAAGCCCGCCCUGAAGAAGGUGCGUAUGUCCGCUGACGCCAUGCUGAAGGCUCUGCUGGGCUCCAAACACACGGUGAACCUGGACCUGAGGGCCAACCUGAAGCAGGUCAAGAAGGAGGUCAAAGAGGAGCCGGCGGAGGCGGUGGGCGACUGGCGUAAGAACAUUGAGGAGAAGGCUGACAGGAAGAAGAUGUUCGAGUCUUAAUAGAGAAAACAACUCCAGCCUUUUUAGUCGCUCUGAGCUGUUAGCACUUUUUAUGGAAUUUAUGGAUUUUUGCACUCAAAAAUGACCUUUUGUUUCAUUAAAUCUGUCGGUUUCA